CAGCCGCAAAACCCCGUGUCAUCUCUCCCGGUCCUCCUGCAGCCGCCCCAGCCGCUGUCCAACCCCUCCACCGGGGUUUGUGCAGCGGCUCGCACACCCCGCGGCCCGCGUACGCACUCUACACCUGCCUACCCGAAAACAUGUUGCAGAAACCCGAGAGCGGGGCUCUCCCCAUCCCUCAGGCGGAGAGGGAGAUGGAUGGCAGCCAUGACGGUGAGACCCAGCCUCUGACCGCCUCGCAGGAGAUGGCCCCGAGCCCCCUCCUGCAGCAGAGCCCCGAGGAGGACCUUGGCGCUGUAAGGGAGGAGGGGGCUUCGGAACCCUCUCUCACCCCGAAAGGCGCGAGGGCUUUGGCAGGCAAAACCUUGGCCCGGCGUAGAGCCUGCCGCCGUCUGGAUCGGACGGUAGCCGAGUUGGUGCAAUUUCUGCUGUUGAAGGACAGGAAGAAGAGUCCCAUCACUCGCUCCGAGAUGGUGAAAUACGUUAUCGGAGACUUAAAGGAUCUGUUCCCUGAGAUCAUCGCAAGGGCCGCAGAGCAUCUGCGAUACGUCUUCGGUUUCGAGCUGAAACAGCUUGACCGCAAGCACCACACUUAUAUCCUGAUCAACAAGCUAAAACCUAUUGAGCAUGAGGAGGAGGCUCUGGGAGGAGAUGGCCCCAGGUUGGGUCUCUUAAUGAUGAUCUUGGGCCUUAUCUACAUGAAAGGUAAUAGCGCCAGAGAGGCACAGGUCUGGGCGAUGCUGCGUCGGUUGGGGGUGCGUCCCUCAAAGUAUCACUUCCUCUUUGGGUACCCGAAGAGGCUUAUUAUGGAAGAUUUCGUGCAGCUGAGAUACCUCAAUUACAGGCGUGUGCCUCACACCAACCCACCGGAAUGUGAAUUCUCUUGGGGUCCCCGAAGCAACUUGGAAACCAGCAAGAUGAAAGUCCUGGGGUUCGUGGCCAAGCUCCAUAGGAAAGAACCCCAACACUGGCCAGUGCAGUACCGUGAGGCCCUGGCAGAUGAGGCUGAUAGGGCCAGAGCUGGGGCCAGUGUGAGGGCUAGGGCCAGCACUCACCUCUGGUGAGGGCCAGCUAGGGGUGGGGGUGGGGCGAUAUAAAAGCUACCGUGUGCGUCAUAAGUAGACUCGGUGGGGAGAGGGUCUUUAUUUCUGUAGCAUUUGUGUUCGUGUAACUAGGAUUUAGUUUUUGUAUCUUGCUCGGUUUUGCUACGUUUAAUAUACUGUUAAAUUGAUGUUUAUAAAUGAAAUUCGUCUACUUUUUCCUGUAGGAUUUUGUUGUAGAUUUUUGCUGGUUUUGUAAAAUGAAUUGAAAAACUUUACAUUUUUUUCUGUGGUCUUGAACAAAUUAUGCAGCACCAAAUGAUGUAUUUAAAUAGUUUGAAGGAACUCAGCAGUAUAAUGAUCUGGUACCAGGGGAAAAAAUAGCUGAAUGGUAUCUAGCUUUCUAACAGUUUUUGUCUAUUGUAUAAAAAAAAAGACUGACAUGUAACUCUGCUUAGUUAUUAUAAUAUCUGGUGGGGGGAUGCAAUAAAUUAGAGG